GCGCGCUCGUCCGCCAGCGUCCUUCCUGUUGCGUUUGCGUCAUCUCGUCUUUCCUUCGUGAUGGCGACUCACCCGUUGGCCGUUCUGCUGUGCUGCGCCGCGGCUCUUCCGGGCCUCCUGGCGCCACCGCCUUUGCCGGAGUUGACGUGCAGCGAGGACGGCGCCGAGGCGGCGGCGGACCUCGCCGUCCGACACGUCGACGAGCAUCACAAGCACGGAUUCAGGUUCCGCCUGCGCGAGAUCCAGAGCAGCAAAUACCAGCAGUUCCCAGGGGGUUGCCACAUCGACGUGAACGUCAAGCUGACGCAGACCAAAUGUCACUUCACCGACCCCGAACCGCUGGAGCGAUGCCAGCCGUGGCGACGGAACGAGCGGGGCGCCGUGGCCACCUGCAGCGUCGAGUUUUGGGUCAUGUGGGGCGCGGCCAAGAUCACCAGACACGAAUGCGCCACCAGACCAGAACACACCAACGACGAGCUGCUGACCAUUUGUCCUUCCUGCCCCAAGUUGUUGGCUCUCGACGACCCGACGGGCGUGAGCGCGGUCGACGCGGCCGUGAGCAAGUUCAACCGAGACGGCCGACACCAGAACUACUUCACCCUGCUGGAAGUGGCCCAGCUGACCGAAGGGUACGUCCCGGCCGUCGGCACCGUCACCUGGCUCAAGUUCGCCCUGGUGGAGACCACGUGCCCCAGAGGCGCCACGGCCACUUUUGCGGCCUGCACGCCUCGCUGCCCGGACCGAGCUAAUCACGUCUUUUGCCAAACGUCCUAUUACAACGUCCACAGACAAGUGGGAGAACUUUCCUGCCAAGUGUAUCCGCCCAAAGUAAGUGGCCGGCAAAAGCGCCGUCGGCGGCUUCGACCUCACGGUCCCUCUCGGGUCUCCGCAGAAUUCCGCCGCCCUCCGGCCGGCGAGCCGGAGCCCGUGUGCCGCCCGCUGUUCCACAAAAGUGCGGAAGCUUGCGUUUGCAAGGCGCGGCUGAAGGAGCCCGACGCGGCCGUGCACCACAUUUGUCCCUUCCCGCUCAAGUGAGGUCGCAGUCUUUGGCUGCUCCCUCAAUAAUUCAUACAAAUAAACAUAUUGCAAGUUCUUCA